GGUCGGACCGGACGGUUGUGCGCGCUUCCUGGUGUCACCCGCAGAGGGCGCCGGCCGUCGAGCCGCCUGCAGAGUAGCGAGGCCGGAAGGAGUGCGGCGCCGCCCCGCUCGCCCCAGCCGCCGCCAUGAAAGCCGUGGUGCAGCGCGUCACCCGGGCCAGCGUCACAGCAAAAUCUUGCAUUCUGCUCUAUGUGGUCAUCACCAACAUUGGAGGAGAGCAAAUAAGUGCUAUUGGACGGGGCAUCUGUGUGUUGCUGGGUAUUUCUCUGGAAGAUACACAGAAGGAAGUGGAACACAUGGUCAGAAAGAUUUUGAACCUGCGUGUGUUUGAGGAUGAGAGCGGGAAACACUGGUCGAAGAGUGUGAUGGACAAACAGUACGAGGUGCUCUGCAUUAGCCAGUUCACCCUCCAGUGCGUCCUCAAGGGCAACAAGCCUGACUUUCAUCUGGCAAUGCCCACAGAGCAGGCAGAGAGCUUCUACAAUAGCUUCCUGGAGCAGCUGCGGAAGACAUACAGGCCGGAGCUCAUCAAAGAUGGCAAGUUUGGUGCCUACAUGCAAGUCCACAUUCAGAAUGAUGGACCUGUGACCAUAGAAUUGGAGUCCCCGGCUCUUGGCGCUGCUACCUCUGACCCAAAGCAGUGCAUUAUCAUUGGGUGGAACUGGAUCCUGGAAAAUUCAUGAAAGAUGCUGUGUACCUUCUCUGCUUUAAGAAUUUGGAACUGAAUCAUGAAAAGGAAGACAGAAAUAAGAAAUUGGGACCCUGAGUAGCCCUGCAGAAACAAAGCAGAACAAAACAAAACACCACCACCAAAGGAACGAUACCAUUUUCUGUUGUUGCUAUGGUCUUAGUGAAAGUGGGAGCUGGCAGUAUGGGGGCGUGCACCCCAUGCACAUGGCAGCAGGACAUAUCCCCAUGCUCCCCCCAUGCAAAGACUUUGCUGGUUCCUGUGAUUUCUUGGCUUGCUUUUGAAACAGGCUGGCCCCACAUCAUUUGUCAUAGAGUCCUCCUUUUACAUGUGUCCGUGAUGGGUCUCCACUGCAUUCACACUGUCCAUGUUCUUCCCAGCACUGGCUAAGCCAGGGCACCGGUUAAGGUGUAAAGAGAGCAAACAUUGGUGAUAAUGUAUUGUGUAAGACCUUUGCAUCUUGUAAAUUUUCUCAUUUUUCUAAAAAGAAAUAAUAAAAUCCUAAACCCCAACAAACCACUUUAUUAUUAAACAAAUCCUGCUGUG